UAUUGUGACGUCAUUUGAGGUCAUGGGUCAUAGAAAAAUGGCGGCCAAGUCGAAUUUGUUUUCUACGUUCCCAACGUUUCCUUCAAUUUCUCGUCUACCGUUUACUGAAGCGGGUUGAUUUUACCAGUGUUCUUCGGAGGAAAUACCACCGUAGGUGCAUCAUCACUCAUCAGUGCUCCUCCAAUAAAAUUGCAGCAAAUUCAUCACCAUGGCAACAUCACUAACAGCUGAGCAGAUCCGUCGUAUGGAGGAGAACAAGAGGCGAGCCCUCGCACUCCGCGCCCAGAGGCAGGCUCAGCAAACUUCUGGGCGGGACAACUCAAGCAGGAACACCAACGCCUUAUUACCACAGAAACAGAAUGUAAACCAUAAGGUGUCCAGCUUAGGACAAAGUAAAGAGUCAUGGAAUAGCAAAGCCACUAAAAUUGCACAGACAUGUACUAGUAAUAUUGAUACAGGCAGAUUUGGUAAUGGCCAUAGUAAAACUGCCAUAGGGAAGCAAAAUGUACCAGCAGUAACAAAUCCUGUUGCCAGUAAUCAACACGAAAGCUCCACAGAAACCAGAAGGUUCUACGGUUCUUCAAGUAAACUAACAGUUGGAAACAACACGGGAAAGACACAGAACUCAGGUUCAACUUUCUUCAAACAGAAAGGAACAAAUUAUGGGAAUGCUAAGUCAUCAUCCACAGGGUUUUCUAACCAGAGGGGCACAAGUUUUGCACCAAGCAAAGAGGGGAAACUCUUGCCAAGGUACGGAGAGGGAGGAACUGGAACAUGUGUGCUAGUGUCCAAGGAGAGAUUUGAAGUACAGGUUGGAUACUGUGCACCGCUCAUUGAGGUGUUCAAGCAGAUGCCUACAAAAAACUAUGAUAUGCAGACAAGGGUGUGGAGUUUUGAGUUGAAAGACUAUGAGAAACUGAUGCAGAGAAUCCAGAAAGCCCAGCUGCCCGUACAGUUGACCCCCCUGCCGAAGACAGUCCUGACCACCUUUAGGAACCAGCUGAAAGGAAACAUGCCAGAGGAGUUGGAGAGGAGAGUUCCAGAGGCAGACCUCAGUGGCGUGGAACCCAGACUAGUCAACACACUUAUGCCCUUUCAAAGGAGGGGGGUUAAUUUUGCCAUUUGGAGGAAUGGUCGUGUACUGAUUGCGGAUGACAUGGGUCUGGGUAAGACCGUACAGGCCCUGUGUGUGGCAGCUUACUACAGGAAGGAGUGGCCUCUUCUCAUCGUCACACCCUCCUCUCUCAGGCUCACAUGGGCAGAGGCGUUUCACCGGUGGCUGCCCAGUGUGGAUGCCCAGUCCAUUACUGUGAUGCUGACGGGGAAGGACAACCCUGCGUCAGGUCAGGUCACCAUCACCAGCUACGACCUCAUGGUCAGGUGCAGUCAGCAGAUCAGGGCCAGGGGGUACAGAGUCAUCAUCAUGGAUGAGUCUCAUGUGUUGAAAAACUUCAAGACAGCCAGGACAAAGGCAGCAUUACCACUUCUAAAGGCUGCCUCCCGAGUGCUCCUGUUGUCAGGCACCCCUGCCCUGUCCCGCCCCUCAGAACUCUUCACCCAGCUGUCAGCUGUGGAGCCCAGACUCUUCAGCAGCUUCCAUGAGUUCGGCAUCAGGUACUGCGAGGGGAAACAGACAGCCUUCUGCUGGGACUACAGUGGUUCCUGUAACAUGAAGGAGCUACAGUUGGUCCUGGAGGAAAGGGUUAUGAUCAGACGUCUGAAGAAGGAUGUCCUCUCUCAGCUGCCUGCCAAGCAGAGACAAGUGGUGGUGAUGGAGCCAGGAGCAGUCAACACAAAGAGUUUCAAUGCAGCUGCCAAUGAAAUGACCAAGAAACACAAAAAUAAUGCAGAACAGAGAGGAGCCCUGCUACAGUACUUCAAUGAGACUGCCCUGGUCAAGAUCCCUCACAUCAAAGAUUAUGUCUUGGACCUGCUGGAGGCUGACAGGAAGUUCUUGGUCUUUGCUCAUCACCAGAUUGUGCUGGACUCACUUAGAGAUGCUCUUGACAAGAAGGGUUAUGGCUACAUCAGAAUAGAUGGUAAGACCCCUUCUGACAUUAGGCAGCAGCUGUGUGACAGGUACCAGACCCAGGACAGCUGCCAGGUGGCGCUGCUGUCCAUCACUGCAGCCAGCACAGGUCUGACUCUCACAGCUGCCUCGCUGGUGGUGUUCACUGAGCUCUUCUGGAACCCUGGGGUGUUGGUGCAGGCUGAGGACCGAGCUCACAGGAUUGGUCAGCAGGACUGUGUCAAUGUCCACUACCUUGUUGCAAGGGGGACAGCAGAUGACUACAUAUGGCCUUUGGUACAGGGCAAGCUGGAUGUCCUGAGUAAAGCAGGCCUGACCAAAGAUGACUUCUCCACAGCUGACACAACCAGUUUCAAGGACCCCAACCAGGAGACCAUCCUCUCCUACCUGGAGCAGUCCUUCUCAGGAGAUGACCCUGAGGAUGAUCUGGCACUUCUGGAAGCCAUGGAGGAUUAUGGGAUGCAGGAUGAUGUCGGGGGUCAAAGUUCGGGACAUAACGAUUUCAAGAAGGAAAGUUUCGUUGGAGUGACAGGUAAACAAAGUGAUAUUUCUAGAGGAGCUACUAAAUCAACAUAUAGAGGGACAGAGCAAGCAACAAUGGACAAGUUUGUUGUGCAGCAACCUGAUGCUAUGGCACAAGGUACCACGGACAAUGAUAGGAAAGCAAAGCAUGACGGUAUUGAGACUGAUGAAUUUGGUCUCAAUGACAGCAUGGAUGAUGUGUACAUGAACGACCAUCUGUGGCUGGAUGAUUUAGGGGAGGAAGACUUUGACCAAGUAGACAUACUACAGCCAGAGAGCAAAAGGCAAAGAAAGGCAUGAUCAGAAAAAAAACAUGGCCAUAUGAAGACUAUAUUAUCUCUUUUUAGCACUCAACCAUUAGAGACAGAUCUAUAAAAAUAUCAAUCAACUACGUCGUUCUAUGUUCUAAAAGAGUAUUGAAGCCAAUUCAUUAUUCUGUAAUACAUUUUUAUUAGUCAUCUGAUAUAUUCAUACAUUUGUGUUGCAGUGAUUUGAAUGUACAUUGAAAUAAAGAUACUGAAUGUC